AUUAUAACUCCUUUUCUCUUCUCUUCUCUCUCUCUUCCAUGGUGGUGGGUUCUUCUUUUAGUAGAUCUCUGCACCACCCAAAGCCCAAAGCUCAAAGCUUUGCACAGAAGAUACAGAGAGAAUCAGAGAAACCACAAACAAAAAAAAGAGUCUACUUUUCUUUUUGUUUCUACUUGGUAUUUAUUACUUUUCACACCCUCUGGUCAAAUGUCUUCCUCUCUACUCUUCUUUCCUUUGGUCUGAGGCAACAGUAGUAAGAGUCCGUGAAAGAAAAAACCAAAAAUGUUGGAAUUUUGAAGAAGAUAUGAGGGAAAAGGAGGCAACUUUAUCUGUUUAUUUGACUUGAUUCUCUUCGAUCUACAUCCUGAUUUUGCAGCAUUCUUCUUAGAGUAGAUAUGAGGAAACAUGGAUGGGAACUUCCUUACCAUCCUCUUCAGGUGGUGGCUGUUGCUGUAUUCUUGGCUUUAGGGUUUGCUUUCUAUGUCUUCUUUGCUCCAUUCGUUGGGAAGAAGAUUCAUCAGUACAUUGCGAUGGGCAUUUACACUCCUCUGAUUACGUGUGUGGUUGGACUGUAUAUAUGGUGUGCGGCUUCAGAUCCUGCAGACCGUGGAGUUUUCCGAUCAAAGAAGUACCUUAAAAUUCCUGAAAAUGGGAAAUUUCCUCUAUCAAAGGAUAUAAAAGAUGGAUGUGGAUCAGCUACAGGCGGUGCUAAAUCUCGUGAUGGAACUUGUGUAGAGGAUCCUGAAAAUGAAACUAACAAGAAACUGGAGUCAUCAGAAAAAUCUACUCUCCUGCGUUCGCUCUGCUCUCCUUGUGCAUUGCUCUGUAGUUGUUGCGGUGGAAGAGAUGAAUCUUCUGAGCAGAUGAGUGAGGAUGGGAUGUUUUAUUGCAGUCUGUGUGAAGUUGAGGUCUUCAAAUACAGCAAGCAUUGCAGAGUUUGUGACAAAUGCGUGGACCGUUUUGAUCAUCACUGCAGGUGGCUAAACAACUGCAUUGGCAAGCGGAAUUACCGCAAAUUCUUCAGCCUUAUGGUAUCAGCUAUUUUUUUGCUCAUUAUGCAAUGGUCAACUGGGAUUUUUGUGCUGGUAUUAUGUUUGCUCCGAAGAAACCAAUUUAAUGCAGACAUUGCCCUGAAGUUGGGAAGCAGCUUCUCGCUAAUUCCAUUUGUUAUAGUCGUUGGUGUCUGCACUGUAUUAGCAAUGCUGGCAACGUUACCACUUGCUCAGCUUUUCUUCUUCCACAUUCUUCUCAUUAAGAAGGGAAUCAGUACAUAUGAUUACAUAGUUGCGCUUAGGGAGCAAGAGCAAGAGCUAGAAGCUGGAGGUGGUCAACAGAGUCCUCAAAUGUCAAUGAUCAGCUCAUUUACUGGACUAAGCAGUGCAAGCUCCUUCAAUACAUUUCAUCGUGGGGCAUGGUGCACACCACCGCGUUUGUUUCUUGAGGAUCAGUUUGACGUGGUCCCUCCAGAGAAUGCUUCUGUAAGUUCAUAUGGGAAGAAGUCAGUGGUUGAGGAACGCGUCAAGAAGAAGCCCCAACCUGUGAAGAUCAGUCCAUGGACUCUAGCGCGUCUCAAUGCGGAAGAAGUUUCAAAAGCAGCAGCAGAAGCAAGAAAGAAAUCCAAAAUAAUCCAGCCUGUGGCGAGACGGGAAAAUCCAUUUGUUGGCUUAGAAGCAAGCAGCAGCUUUGGUAGCAGCGGCCGUAGAAUGUUCCCAGCAAAAUUUGAAUCUGUUAAUAAUAGCGGGAAGCAGCGAAGGCAAUCUAAACGCAUACGGUUACCAGCUGAACUACCUCUAGAACCGCUGAUGAAUGUUCAGACAAAAGCAGCAAUGGAGACAUCAACAAGUGCAGGGCUAGCUCCACUUCAGCUAGAAGCAAGAAGCGCGUUUCAGACAAGCCGGGCAAUGUCAGGUUCUGGUAAUGUUAUGGUUACAUCUUCACCUGAGAGCAGCUUAGACUCGCACGACAUUCACCCGUUUAGAGUUUCGUCUGAAGCAGAGGAUGCAGCACAGCUCAAUGGGUUUUCUUCAGCUGUUGGUCUGAUGGGUCAACAGAGAGGACAACAACAACAACAACAACUAUCAAUGAUGAUGAUGCCUUUGUCAAGGUCUACAAGUGAUGGUUAUGAUGCAUCUGGUGGAGAAGACAGUGAUCAGGUUCCUUCUAGAAACAUCCACAAAUCAAGAUGAGAGAAGCAUAAUCAUCACUCGCUAUAGUUUUGGCUUCUAAAGGUUGAGAAUCUUUGGGGCAUUCUUUGAUUUACGGCUGCUGCAUUCGAUCAAGAAAAAGUCAACAUUCUCAGAUAAACGAUUUGUGAGGAUCUUGAAGAUAUUAUUACAGUGCCUGCCAAGAGCUCUUAGGAGAAGAGCACCAGAGACUUUUGUGAAUUCUAAAGAUUUUAUUUUGAGCAAUUUGAACAUGAUGAAUGAUCUUUUAGGGGUUUACUAAAACUUAUUUUGCUUUGUUUGUUAGGUAAAAAAAAAAAAAAAAAACUUUGUUUCUUCUGAAGAAAUGUCAAAUUGUGUGAUUCAAAGAAA